UGUUGUAAUCCGGUUAUAAGUUUGACAAUACGCCAUAGCUUAAUCAUACUAAGUUAGACUAGGGUAUGUCCAUUCAUAGAUGUUUAAGUUUAUUGUACACUCAAACUUAGUCUUAAAUGAAAGAAAUAAUCUAAAGAAGAGAGACUUCUAAGUGACAGUUCGGACAUCUAUAUAUGUGUCCAUGAAGUACCGUUGAAUUCACAAAUCAUGGAUAAUUCAACAAUCGCUAACUAUAAUUUAACCAACAGAACAUAUCUCGACUUUAACAAAACUCUGCAGGAUUACAAUGAUGAGGAGGCUUUACGACGACUGGCACCAAUGAUCUAUCUUGCACUUCUUAUGUUAAUUGGAAUACCAGGCAAUGUUUUGGUUCUAAUAGUUUAUCCCAUCAGAUUUCAGAAGAGUACUCACCGUACAUUUAUCAUUGGUCUGGCACUUUCAGAUUUAUUUGUCUGUGCUGUAACUCUUCCGUUUGAGAUAACAGAGAUGAGAUUUCAAUAUACGUUUUACAACAUGUGGGCAUGUAAAUUUUUUCGCGCCUGUAACAACCUUUUUGCACUGUCAUCGAUCUUCAUUCUAAUGGGACUCUCCGGCGAUCGAUAUCGACGUGUAUUUACUCCAUUAAAACUUCAAAUGACUUCUCAUCAUGCUACAAUAUUCAUCUUUUUUAGUGUCUGUUUGGCACUCGUGUUCUCCUGGCCAAACUUCCUUAUCAGUGGAAUAAGACAUGUAAAACUUGGAGAAUUUAAUAUCACAGGAUUUGAUUGCUCACUUUCGGAUCAAUUUGCAAAAACAAUAUAUCCAACUGUAUAUGGUGGGGUAUUGUUUCUCAUUUUCAUUAUCUGUAUGGUAUCUUUAAUUGUUAUAUACUCGUUAAUUGGACGUAAACUUUGCGCACACAUCCAUUUUAGGAGGAAAUUCUCUAAUGUGUCUUCGUCUAAGUCAACGUCUGAUACAACACUUCCCAAUGAGCAACAUAAUAUAAAUACUUCUCAGCAAUACCAAAAUGAGGUUUUCGAGGAAAAAAAGCAAAACAGUGAAAAGAAACUAUUAAGCAAACAAAAGUCAACCAACAAAGAUAGAAAAAAAUCAAAAAAAGAAGACAUGGCAUCGAAGAAACUAACUAAAAUCGCAUUUGCCGUCAGUCUCGCCUUCAUUUUGAGCUACCUGCCGCAUUUGACAAUAUCUUUAUUGACGGCAUUGAAAGGUAAAUUCCUGUUUCCGCCAGGUCCUAUUGUGUCCGCUGUGUUGCCAAUAGUAACCAGGUCAUUCGCCAUUAACAAUGUCGUGAACCCUAUUAUAUAUGCAUUUAUUGACAGAAGAUUUAGGGAUGGUUAUAGAUUUAUCUUUAAGAAAAUGAAUUGUUUUAAGUAGGACCAAGAGUAAAAUAUGUGACGAAUUUUAAAGUGAUGUUCUAUAUUAUGCAAUUAUCCCUUUUUGUCAUAUUUCAAGUGUUUUCCGAGUGGCAUACAACAACUUGUAGUCAAAUUAUAUUCCACCUAAAGUGAAUAACUUACUGUACAAGCCUUUCAUCUAAUUGUGUUUAUGAAGAGUAAUACUGAUUCGAGUAUUGUAAAAUUCUGCAUAUAUAUAUAUCUCUCAUAUAAAGUAUAUCUAAAAUGUAAA